GGUGUGUUCACAUCGCAAGACCCGGUUAUGGAGCCCUUGAGGGACUCCAGUAGUGAGUGUGACACAUAGCGACUGAUGACAUGACAUGGCACUCCUGCAAGACUGCUUCUUCUGCAGCCUCUCCGUGGCCGCCUCGGUGAUCGGAGUGUACACCUUGGUUGCUUACGUGAUUGCCUUCUUCAUGGAAACAUGGUGGAUAGUCAGCACACCAGUUUCUCUUCCUUCCCCGGCCUAUGUGCUCUGUGCUGGGUACCUCAUGGUAUCUGUCUUCUCUGGCAUCUUACUGAGAGGUUUAUCUAUUAGAAAUACCCUGUUCCUGCUAGAAUGGCUUCUUGUUGUUGCUGCCCUGACGGUCCCAGAAGGUCUUCUUGUUUACUUCAUGAGCAUUCACUAUUGGAAUAUCCGUUCACUCUAUGGCUUGAUGGAACUCACAUGCUGGAUUUGCCGGGCCAUUGUAAAUGUAUCUGGGAUGAUCUGUGUUCAAUCUCUAUACUCCACGUGGAGAGAAGAAAAAGAUGUAUUACGGAGGCUUCGGGAUCUAAACAUGACUAGAGUUAUUCCCAAUCGCAGAAACUCCGUCUCAUCACAAAUGAAUGGAUACUCCAAGAAUGGAGUAAUUACAGCUGCUCCACCAACAUACAACUCUCCUCCUCAGAUACUCAACAACGGAGCGUUCGUUCCCACCCUGCGCAGAAGUGCAUCGAUGGUGUCAGUGACAAGAUCUCAUACCCCAGUUAUGAUGAUGGGACCUCCUCCCUUCAUGAUGAGUCCAGCAGUCAGCAUGUCACUCAAGACCAGUGAGUUCAACGCCUCCCAGUUCGAUCUCUUCCUUCAAGCUCCCGUUCAGCCUCCUCUACAGGUGCCUCUUCAGAGUCCUCAGAUCAACAAAAGCCUCUCUCUUGUGGACCUUCGAAGCUCAGGCAGCACCUUGGAGCUCCCUCGCAAGACUAUGUCAGUUGUGGAUUUCCCAGUGGACACCAAAGGGCCUAAAUACACUCAGAGCUUAGACAGGAGAAUUCUGAAAUCCCCAGUCCAAUGGAACGGUCCUCACAUCACAAAUGGUUUCUAUACCACAGGCAGGCUGAAAAACGCAUAUUUUUCUCCUUUCAGAAACGAUCAAUUUGUCAUGGAUCCAGCGAUGGAGUUUAUACCACGCAAAGAUCUGAUCUAUGGAUCCAACAUAAACAGUUUUUACCCAGGUAAAAGACAAUCUCAGAGUAAACACUCUCUAACGUCGGAUUCAGAUGAUUUUCAAAAAUAUAGAGACAUUGCUUUGUAAAUUGGUGCUAACUAAAUCAAAGUGAUCAAUUACCAUUGUGGAACCCUUGUAAAUUUGUACAAUAUGUAAAUAACAUUUCAUGGUGCUGUAAAUACUAAAUUUGUAUGAUAGGAGUUUGCCAAAGGUAGUAUUUGACAUUUCUAACAUUUUCUACACAGGUUUCUCGUUAGUACAUCUAGUCUCAGCUAUUUAUGGCUCAAAGCUAUAAUUAAGCUAAUAUACCAUAAUGUAAAUAUUACAACUAAACCCUUUUAUUUUAUAGAUUUCCUGUUACAAUUUAUUUUAGAUUAUCUACAAAUAAUAAGAAUUAUUGAGGAUUGA